GAAAACUCAAGUAAUCCUAUCUGAGAAGCUUCAAAUAGUUUAGAAGAAAUGGAAGCAAACCGUAAGCGCAAAGCCUUCAUGAAAGCUAAGAUGGUUGUGGCUAUCUAUAGAGCAGCCAAGCCUUCUUCCAAUACUGUUCAAUAUAGUAGUAAGGUUAAGCCUACCCCAUCUUCUUCUUUCGUGGUGGAUGAAGAUAACUUCUCCAUUCCUGCUCCGAAGCCAAAGUUAUCAGAUGCAAACUCAGAAAGUUUUCAUGAUCACUCCAUUAAUGGCUACAUGAACAAUCUCUAUGGCGCCGGAGGUGACGAAAAUGUUGAUAUGAGGGCUGCAAGCUACAUCUCUUGUGUUCAAGAACGUUUUAGGCAUGAACAUGCUGAUACAGAUUGGAGGAAGUAUCAAGAGACCCACUCCUCCUGAUCAGAUAUCACCUAAGUUAGCUUUAGAACUUCUUUCUCCUGAGAUCAACUACUUGAAUCUAUUAUUGGUUCAAUUUGUGUAGAAUAAGUAGUAUGUUGGGUCUAGUCUACGUUUUUAGGUUCUGUUUUUGCAAGCUCUCUAAGAAAACUGUGUGAAGAAUUCCAAUCAAUGAGAAUUUAAUUUCAUCAUAUUAAUGCUGUUAACUUAGUUCUUUACCAAGUAAA